AUGUCCGUCAACCGCACUUGCUCCCACGAUGCCCUCCCCGACCUCAACGGCAUCCCCGGUCUACCCAUGGGCCGUAGCGUUUGGGUUAUUCCCAAUUGGAAUAAAUCGUUCGUGGGCAUGACGGCAUGUUGUGCGCCCAACGAGGUGCAUAUCGGUGGCGGGCCGGGGUUUGAAGAAUGCAUCUUGUGGUGCUUGAUUCCCGAUUCAAUCCUCAAAGACAAAGAUGGGAAGAAGGGCGAGACGGGCGAGGUUCUUUCCGCCAUGAGACAAUGUGUUAUGGCCAAGGGCGGCGUUGAGAGCUUUAUUAGUGGCGGGCAAGUAAAGGACAACGCGGCAAGUUCAAACGUUAUGGUGGGUGGUACGAAGACGACGAAAUUGCUCGGGGUAGGAGUCUGGGUAUUGUUAGCCGUUGGCUUGCUGGCUUGA